CCUAUGAUUCUAUGUGUGUUUCACAGACUCUGGGAUCCAAGCAGUCAUCCGACCCUGGGCUGUCUUGCCUAGAUUUAGGCCUGCUCUACACUUAAAAUUUAGGUUGACAAAGUCCUGGUGCACAGAGGUACGUAUGCAUCAUAAAUAGAUUGUUAACUUCUAAGUGAUGGGACAGUGUGCGCUCAACAGAGAAUCCUCAGUCACAUGCUGUGCUCAGAGCACUUGAAAAAUCUGCUUCAGCUAUGAAGAGAAACCUUGGGCCUGAUCCUUUCAUCUCUAGUCCCGUGAAUUUUAAACAGGGAACAUUUAAGCAGUGAACUGAGAUCUUCCAAGUAAUUAUUUGGAAUAUCCUGGAAAAUGCAUGGAAAGACUCUAACUAAUUUUACCGCUCAGCUGCAUUUUGGAUUCUAUUCUUUUGGGAUGACUCCACAGAGAUUUUUGCAAGCCAGCAGACUGAUCCAUCACUGCUCCAAAUCUGAUAUAAGGACCUUAAAAUAGCUUCUUCUGAAAAGUUGCUGUAGUUCUGCCUUUUUCCCCACCAGAGGAUGCUGUGGUUCCUAGAACACAGCAGCCACUCCUGGCCAGCCCCAGCUAUGACAGGGAAGAAAAAGAGCCUGCCUUCUUCAUAGCACCUGUUGGACCAGGUCAAUUUGCUCAAAUAAAGUAUUGCUAAAAGAAAAAGGAUGCACUUAGAAAAUGUGACCAAGGAAAUGGUCCUUAUUACAGGAGGAGGUGGUUACUUUGGUUUCCGUUUAGGUUGUGCCCUAUACAAAAAGGGAGUUGAUGUCAUUCUCUUUGAUGUCCUGAAGCCGGUCCAAGCUGUGCCAGAGGGAGUGAAGUUCAUACAGGGGGAUGUCUGCUGUCUCUCUGAAGUGGAAAAAGCUCUCAGAGAUGUAAUCUGUGUAUUCCAUAUUGCUUCCUAUGGAAUGUCUGGCAGGGAGCAGCUGAACCGAAAACUUAUAGAAGACGUUAAUGUGAGAGGAACAGAAAAUAUCAUCCAGGCUUGCAGGAAAGCAGGAGUGCCAAGUCUGGUUUAUACAAGUACAUACAAUGUAGUCUUUGGGGGCCAAGUUAUAGAAAAUGGGGAUGAAUCUCUGCCUUAUCUACCACUUCACCUUCAUCCUGAUCACUACUCCCGGACCAAGUCUUUAGCUGAGAUGAAAGUGCUGCAGGCAAAUGCCACUGAGCUUGGAGAAGGGAAAGGUGUGUUAAGGACUUGUGCUCUCCGACCAGCAGGCAUCUAUGGGCCCGGAGAGCAAAGGCAUCUUCCAAGAAUAGUUAGCUAUGUUGAAAGGGGAUUGUUUAAAUUUGUAUAUGGAGACCCUCUGAGUUUAGUAGAAUUUGUCCAUGUAGAUAAUCUAGUUCAGGCUCAUAUCCUUGCUUCAGAGGCACUCAAAGCCGCCAAACGGCACAUAGCUGCUGGCCAAGCUUACUUCAUUUCAGAUGGCAGGCCAAUAAACAACUUUGAAUUUUUCCGACCUUUAGUUGAAGGCUUGGGUUACCAAUUCCCAACUAUUCGUCUUCCUCUCUCCUUUGUAUAUUUUUCUGCAUUCCUAACCGAAAUAGUCCAUUUUCUUGUAGGCCGUCUUUAUAAUUUUCAGCCUCUUCUCACUCGCACCGAGGUUUACAAAACCGGCGUCACACAUUAUUUCAGCAUGGAAAAGGCCAGGAAAGAGCUGGGGUACAAACCGGAGCAGUUUAGUCUGACCGAAGUAGUUGAGUGGUUUAAAGCCCAGGGACAUGGAAGAAAGCUCAGAAUCUAUACUAUAAAACAUCUGAUUAGGGAUGGAGGGUUGAUCUUGCUGUUGGCCGCAGUGGUGCUCUCAUGGCUUCCAGCAGCAGUAACACUCUCUGUUUGAGAGAUGUUGAACAUUGAGCUUGGGCUCUUUUUAUAGGGUGAUAAAAUAUACAAAGAAAAUUAAAAUAAAAUUAGAUCUCACUGUGUUCUCUUAAAAAAGUGCAUACAUUAUCAGCGAUGAAAAUAACUUUGCCAGUUUCAAAUGUUUUGUCAUUCCAGAACAAUGUAAUAAUACAUACCAGAAUAUUUUAGCAUUGGUAGGAAAUACGUUUGUUUUAUGUCUACUGAAGGGACUAUUCAGUUUAAAUGGAUUAACAGUAUUGAUGUGUUUUUAUGACAAAAUUAUGUGUAUAUAUUUAUAAUAUAAUCCACCGUACAUUAAAGUGAGGUUGUUCAUUGAAAUAAUGGCAUUGCAGGUUUCCACAUAACCCUCAGUGCUUAUCAAAUGAGAGGUUUUCUUUUUAACUGAGCCUCUUACAUUCUCAACCUUCACGCUGAAUGUUAAGCUUCUUUCCUUCUUGCCUAUCAUCACAAGAAAUAAAGGUUCUGCAGGCCAAAUUGGGCCCCAGAGACAUCUGCAAUCCCAUUGUAUUCUGGGUAUGCCAUUAGUGCUUUCAGCAGCUUGCACAGGUAUAACUGAUUGGAACAGGGUGAUGCUGAUUUAAUGGGUGAUGCAUAAGAAGAACAGAAUCCAGCUCACAUGUUUUGAGUUGUUGGAGCAAAGGACUGGAACAAUCCAUUUGUGUCACUAGGGUAAAUAGGUGUGAUCGGUGAAUACACUAAUAGAAUGGAACUGCUGAUUACAAAUGUGACAUUUUUUGUGUACAGUCUCUUCUCAAAGUAAAACUGCAUUUUCAUUUAGCAGAGAGGCACACACAUGGUGUGACGGUCAAUAUGAUUGCAAAUGGCAUGCUUCAAGGUGUAUAACGAAUAGUCUUAAUUUGGCAUUUUUCACAUUGAGAGGAUUAUACCCAUGAUCCUUGCUACUGAGAAGAUUCCUGUAUCCCCAUCUAAAUGAAUUGUAUUUUGAAAAGUUCACACAUUGGCCACUCCUAGCCUUCGGUGCACACAGAUCUGACCACAAAUGAGCUGUGAUUUAAGAUAGAGGGAUAUACCUAAAGCUUCCUCAUGUACAGGGGGUGGUAAAUUCACUCUAAUUCCAAUUCACACAGGGAAUUUUUCCAUUAGGAUUAACAUCAGAAAAGCUGAGAUAUGCCCAAGUGAUUAAUCCCUGCACAUUAGUCAGUUUUGUCAUACUAGAUAAGAUCUAUUGUUUAUCUUGUUUCAGUGUGACAAAGGCAGUCAUCUACCCUAAUAGCUCUUACUGUCACAGGAACAGUGAAUUAGGUAGUGUGACAGGAUCAUCAGCUACACUGAGUAUUGGUGGAUUGUCUGAAAACAUGCGUGGGAAUAUAAACCUCCAGUUGGUGUCAAGAUCUUGCUUAAGAGUUUGUACCACGUGAGUUACUUUUGGUCAUCUCAUAAUGAUCUGGCACACUGGUGUUAAACAGAAAGCAAGCAUGUAGUAAAUCCAAUUUAUCUAGGAAAUCUGUUAGUUCUAAUCCUUACAACUAGUCUUCAGGUUCUGCAGCUCUAAUAGAAAGUUUGAUGAUUUGCAAGCUAACAUUGGUGCAGCCAUCUUUUCAUUGAGGCCAAAUUCAUCUCUGGUAUUGAAUUAAGUAGAGCUGCAUUACAGAAGAAUUUGAUUCAGUGGGUGGAUUUGCUAUUAACCAAGCAGUAUGUUUACACAGGAAAAAAAAAUUAAAAACUGAACUAGAAGUUCUGAGAGUGCUUUUAUGGGUUAAAGGUAUUAGAUGUGUAAUGUCUUAUUCUGGAACACACUUCCAUACAGUGGGCUAAUCUGUAGCAAUUACUAUUACAAAAUGCUUGAAGAAGCUCACGUUUGUAGAUUUUUCCAACUAUAAAAAAUGCUUAUUUAAAAAUGAACGAGUUGGUUGAAGUGUUAAGUAGCUGAGAGCCUCAGUAUUAUCAAACAGUUAAACACCAUUCAGUCAACUGGCUUCAGCUAACACUUAUUUUUGUAUUCCAUUGUUAUUCAAGCUUCUAAAAAAAGUAUUACAAUCAUUUCCUUAACACGUAGUAUCACCUCCAAAGGGACUUCAUGCUUUUAUAUGAGGAACUAUGAACAUUUUAUAUUAUGAAACUUGGAAUUCCACUCAGCAGCACUUUUGAGUAGACUAUUUUUCAGUUUACUACACGGGGGAAAUACUGACAUGUUUUCACAUCCAUAAUUUUGUGAACAACAAUUUUGUUCCUGCCCUUUAUGUUGACAAGUCAAAUUCACACUUGGCUUUUUAUCUUAAAUUUUAAAUAAGUUUUGAAGUUGGAGCUACCCUAGUUCUGAUGUUUAAAAGAAAUUCCCCAGCAAUUUAAGUUCUGUCAUCGCCUGACAGCCUCAGUUCCUUCUGCCUAGACUGCAGAGCUUAUCUAGAACUCUGACUCUGAGGGGAAGGUGGGCGGCUAGUGUGAAUACACAGGGGCAACUCUUAAACAACACUUAUAGUACAUAACCUUUCUUUUUCAAGAGCCAAUGCUCCACCUGAGGGAUGGUGGCUGAGGAGUUCUUAGCUAAAUAGGGGCUGUAGCACCGGUUACCCACCCCUCAUUGGGGACAUUGCAGUCUGUAUAUACUAUGUGUGCUGCCCAACCCCAAAACACCAACAUACCCCUACACUCUGUAUGUUACCCCCAAUGACCAAUAACUGACGCUUCAAAUUUUCUGUAUCGUUUAUUUUUUAAAUAUUCUCUAAUAAAAUUUAAAUCUGCUCUUCCAAACUGGGCAUCCAAGGAGCAGCAUGUGAUGAAAGUG